AUGGCCUUCUCAACAGCAGCGGCCGGGACCUGGCUUUCGGCCAUCGGAAUAGUCUUGAUCAGCUUGGUGCUGAUUCGAAUCCUGAAGCUGAUCGUCCACUACAUCGAGGCCAGGAAGCUCGGCGUCUCCCUGAUUGUGACGCCCGUCUCGUGGCAAGAUCCGCUGUGGCUCAUCUUCUGGCGGCGCUUCGCCUGGAUCAGGAACCUCCCGUUCGGCGGAUGGUUGGACUUCAGCUACAUCAGUUGGUCCGUGAGCGCGUACUACCACCCUCACCAGAAGCUAGGCGAUGCCUUUGCCGUGGUCAGGUCGGGCCGUAAUGAGCUGUACGUGAACGACCCAACCGCGGUGCAAGAGAUCAUGUCGCGGUGGAAGAUCUGGAUCAAGCCGCCGGAGCAAUACGACAUUUUCAAUCUCUUCGGGCCCAACGUGGUCAGCAUCAACGGCGAGGACUGGCAGCGCCAUCGCAAGAUUGCGGCCGCCGUUUUCAAGGAAUCCAACCACCGGCUCGUGUGGACCGAGGCGAUGCGACAGUCCGGACAGAUGUGCGAAGAGAUGAAGCGCAGACAGGACACCACCAACGGCGAGCUGACUCUCAAAAACGUUGAGACUGAUGUCGCCCUCGCGGCCCUCCAUGUGCUGUCUGCGGUGGGCCUCGGCCAAAGCUACGACUUCGCCGGUGGCUUGAAGCACAUUGUGCAGGACCAGCACCGGGUCUCGUACGCCGAGUCUCUGUCGUUCAUCUUCCGCAACAUCUUCCUCGUCUGGAUCUUUCGACACGUCAAACUGCCCAGCUUCUUACUGCCCCAGAGCAUCCAAAACGUCCAUUUGAACCUCCACGAGUUCAGAGAGUACAUUCGUGAGUCGAUUGCCCGGUUCAACGCGCAGUCCGACGCCAAAGCCGACAUUGUCAGCUCGCUCGUGCGCGCCAACGAAGCCGCCAAGCGAGAAAAAGUUGCCGGCCAGAAAGGGUUCUUCCUCAGUGACGAGGAGCUGUACGGCAAUUUCUUCGUGUUGAACUUGGGAGGGUACGAGACCACCGCCGGUGCCCUGACAUUCACCAUUCCGUCUUUGGCACGGUACCAGGACGUGCAGGAAUGGCUCAGGGAGGAAGUGGAAAGCGUCGUCGCAAAGACGGACAACUAUGACGAAGCAUUUCCUUUGCUUGUCAGGUGCUUGGCCACCAUGUACGAGACGUUGCGAAUUCAUGGACCCUUGCCCGACGAUGCCCGAUAUUCCCUCGACACUCAAGUCCUGCAGGUCGGCGACAAAAAGAUUGUCGUCCCGCCAAAGACAUAUGUGACCCCGAACAUCUACGCCGUCCACACGGACCCACGGUACUGGGGACCCGAUAGUAUGGAGUGGAAGCCGUCGCGAUGGAUCACAAGGAACGCCGAGGGGAAAGAAGUGCUCGCCGACCCUCCCCAAGGAGCCCUGUUCGCGCCCUGGCUGGCCGGCCCUCGCAUGUGCCCAGGCAAAAAGUUCAGCCAAGUUGAAUUCGUUGCUGUGCUGGUUGGACUGUUGCGAAAGUACCGGGUAGGACUCAAGGUGCGUCCGGGCCAGACCAAGGAAGAAGCGCAGGACAACUUGUUGAGGGCGAUCUACGACAAGGACAUUGUGACGACUCCCGUUUUCAAGCGGCCGUACGACGCUAGCAUUGUAAUUGAAAACUCACGCUAUGUGGCUCUUAAGGUCAUGGAUGCCAAGUCAUCGCACAACGCCGCCACUGAGCUCUCAAUCCUAGACAGAAUCAGCGAAUGCCGCUCGAAAGAUCCGCUGGCCCAGUACACCCUAACAAAUCUGGAUACAUUCCAUCACGCGGGACCCAAUGGCACGCAUAUAUGCCUAGUUUCAGAGCCCAUGGGCCCGUCUGUCGCAUCUUUGGCCGAAGAACUCACCCCUCUGGAAGAGUGGAAAGUGAACAUCAGCUACCCAACGCCCAUGGCCAAGCGGAUUCUGCGACAUGUGCUGCGAGGGCUCAAGGUUUUGCACGCUAAUGGCAUUGUCCAUGCUGAUUUGCAGCCGGGGAAUCUCCUCGUUGCCAUUUCAAAUAUUGAUCAAUUGAGCGAAGAGGUUUUACAACAAGUUGUGUCGGGCCACGGAAGGAACCCAGCACCUGAGGCCGUACAACGAAUUGAUGGGUUAGAGGAUGAAUGGGCUCCUCGAUACCUAUUUCUGAGCCAGUCGCUUGUCCAAUACGCCAGAAGUGGGCCAGAACUGCAAGUUAAGAUUUCAGAUUUUGGCGCGGAACUGAUUCUGGGUGGAAAGAUCGGUUCAAGUAUCGACAUCUGGAGUUUUGGCUGUCUCAUCUUUGAACUACUGACCGGAGUUUCGCUAUUUUCUGUUGUGGUGUAUUUCGAAGACCACCGAGAGACCACCGACGAUGAGCAUAUACUCCAGAUGCACGACAUCCUAGAGCCGCUUCCGGAUGUCUGGCUUCAAAAAACGUGGACGCGAGCGGGAAAAUAUUUCGGCCCGGGGCGGAAAAGGCUGGGUCCAAUUCCCGAUGGUCAAGACGAGCCGUAUGUCGACGACCCUUUGGAGUUGCGAUUCAAGGAGUAUAAGCCAAAGGAUAUCGACGAGGAGGAGGCAGGUGUGAUCACGUCGCUCAUUCGAAGUAUUCUGAGGUAUGAGCCAUCACAGAGACCGACGGCCGAGGAACUCUUGAAGCAUUCUUGGUUUCAUGAAUGA